AUGGCAGAGAGACACGUCUAUCCACAAUCAAAACCCACGAGGAACUGGUUACUCUACCAGACAACGCUCUUCGCGACGCCACAACGCAAACUGCCGAUUUUAGCGUUGCGGUGCCGCAACGCGGUGAAAUAUGCGCCGCCGUGCGGCACCGCGCCACCAAAACCGGCGUUGACGCUACUGCCAAUUGCUGUGUUCCUCAAGAUGGUUCCCGUCACAGUAGAAGGUCCCAAAGGGAAAGUGGACACCUACGCAAUGUUGGACGACGGGAGCACCGUAAGCCUGAUUCAGACAGACUUAGCGGACGCCGUAGGAGCUAUAGGACCUGCCACGCCGCUAUGUCUCGCAGGCGUAAGCAAUAUGGAAGCAGAGCCCGAAAUAAGCAGACAGGUGAAAGUGUGUGUACGUGGGAAGGGUUUGGAAACCGCCUACGAUCUCAUCUUCACGACUGUGCGACGUAUAGGCCUACGCACGCAACGGAUGAGCAAGAAGAUCAUGGAACUAGAACACUUCAAAAAUAUUCCGACUGCGUGCUACGAGGAGGCUGUACCCAAACUGCUCAUCGGCGUUGAUCAAUGGCCUGUGUUGCUGCCACAGGAAGCAAUCAUAAGGGGUUUAAACGAGCCAGCGGCAGUCCUAACGGGACUAGGAUGGGUAAUCUUCGGGGGCAGACCACGGCUAGUCAUCCCUAGGGAAGGCGAAGAGCACCUGAUAUUACACUGCCGCGAGAAGGAUGAGAACCUGGACUCCAUGCUAAGAGACUAUUUUAACAUAGACUCGCUAGGAAUAAAAAAUAUCAAGAAAGUGGAUCCGCAAGUCCAAAGGGCCGUGGAUAUUUUGGAUAAAACAAUAAAGAAAAUCGACGACAACGGACCACUCUAUGAAGUGGGCCAGCUAUGGCGGGACGACGAGCCGCGAAUGCCACCAACCUUGCAGACUGCGAUAAGUCGAUUAAGGAGUAUCGAGCGCAAGAUGGACCGGGAUCCGGCAUUCGCAGAGAGUUAUAAGGAGCAAAUUGAUAAUUUGUUAAAGAAAAAAUACGCCGAGCCCCUUGAGGAACCGCCAGAUAGCAAGAUAGCGUGGGUGUUGCCGCAUUUUGCGGUAACUAAUCCGAAUAAGCCGGGCAAAAUAAGAUUAGUCUUCGACGCUGCAUGCCGCGUCCAAGGGAAAUGCCUAAAUGAUUUUCUUUUGGAAGGGCCGGAUAUACUACAGUCACUGAUAGGGAUUCUCUUUCGGUUCCGCGAAGGACAGUUUGCAGUUGUGGCGGAUCUACAGGAAAUGUUCCUCCAAAUAAAAAUAAGGGCCGAGGAUCAACCGUCACAAAUGUUUAUUUGGAGAGGGGACCGCCGGACAGGGAAUCCACAUUUCUACAAAAUGACGAGCAUGCUCUUUGGCGCAGCAAGCUCACCAUUUUUGGCCCAUAGUGUCAGGAACAGGAACGCUAUGGACAACGCAGAGGAGUUCCCGGAUGCUGUGGAGGACAUCAUCCGUAAUCACUAUAUGGACGAUUACGUGGCCAGCUACCCGGAUGAAAAGGAACUCUUACAUCAUGCUACGCAGGUUGCGUCGUCGCAUGCCAAGGGAGGGUUUCAGUUGCGAGGCUGGGCUUCAAACAGUGUGAAGCUACUUCAAAAGAUCCCGGCGGAAUUACACGCGAGCACACCGGCACAGCUCGGCAAAGGCAAGGAGAACAAGAUCCUCGGGAUGUACUGGAACCCUGAAACCGACCAGUUGGGCUUCAACACAACGCUGAUAAGGGUACCGGUCGAAGUAAAGGAAAUGAGACAGACGCCUACAAAGAGGCAAAUGUUAUCGGCCGUGUUGUCAGUAUAUGACCCACUGGGGCUUUUGAGCCAUUACACUAUAACAGCAAAGGUCCAGCUACAAAAUCUAUGGGCCAAAAAGCUGGACUGGGACUCGCCACUGCCAGAAGAGGAUAAGCGCGACUUCGAGGUUUGGCUGCGAGCCCUAAACAGUGUCGCGAAACUUAGGAUACCAAGAUGCUAUCUUUCAACGGGGGCAGUGGCGAGAAGGGAAUUACACGUCUUCGUAGACGCCAGCACAAAAGCAUAUGCAUGCGUGGCGUACUGGCUAGUGACCUCAAACGACGGGGAUGCCCAAGUGAGUCUAAUCGCAGCAAAAAGUAAGGUUGGGCCAACGAGGCAACUCAGUAUACCACGCAUGGAGCUACAGUCGGCGCUCAUCGGAUCAAGGCUCCAGCAAGUUAUCCGAGAGGAGCAUCGCCUAACACCAGAUCAAGUCGUCAUGUGGACGGACUCAAAGACUGUGCUGCAUUGGGUCCGCAACGACGCAAAACGGUACAGCGCCUAUGUGGCUAACCGCUUAGGUGAGAUAGCGGAGCUGACAAUACCGAAACAGUGGCGCUGGGUUCCCACGAAAGAAAACCCGGCGGACGAAGCUACUCGCCCGGACAAGGAUCGGCGAGUGACCUUCGAAAGCCGAUGGUAUCAAGGACCAGACUUUCUUAAGCGCCCAGAGGAAGAAUGGCCACAGGAGAAGAUAAAAGAAGACAUUGAAGAAGUUCUUCCCGAGUAUGAAGAAGUUGUCUGCGCUGCCCAGGAAGAGCCAAGGGUCAACAAAGAGCCGAUUCCAGACGUCGAGCGAUUCUCAAACUUCAAUCGUUUGUUGAACGCCACGGCACGAGUUUUUCAAUUUAUCGAUUGUCUUAGGAGUCGACAACGACAGCCGCUACUAGUCAUACAUAGGAAAAAGGCGGAGCAUCUACUUUUUCAGUAUGCUCAACGCACAAGCUUUCCUGAGGAGUAUCGGAUUCUGGCUAAGGACGAGCCCGUCAGCCGCAAGAGUCGACUGCACGAUUUGGACCCAGUAUUAAGCCCAGACGGACUAAUACGCAUGCGAGGACGGCUCAAUGCAGCGCCAGUACAAGGGUUAGAAAAGCAGCCUAUCAUCCUGGACGGAAAACAUCAAAUAGUAAGAUUACUGAUUGAACGCGCGCAUAAGGAAGCUGGACAUGCAAAUAACGAACGGGUUGUGAAUGAUCUACGGCAGCUCUACUGGAUCAUUCACCUACGGCCAACGGUGCGCAUGGUGGCUGGCAAGUGUCGCCUGUGUGUAUUGAGGAAAGCGCAACCGAAGGUACCAGCGAUGGGAGAUUUACCGCUGGCUAGGAUCGAGCCUGACCAUCGGCCGAAGGCAUGA